UACAUCUCUCAUAGUAAAUUCUAUUUUAUUACGCUACAAACAUAAAGUAACAGAAAGCGAUUACAAAAUGAAUGAGAGGAGUGAAUACUCCAUACACACGAUAUGCCGGAUCUGCUUGAAUCAGCUGCGCAACGAUGCCGCCUACGAUCUGUUCCUGGUGCCAGGACUGGCCAAAAAACUCUGUGUCUGCACUUCACUCUCGGUGGAACAACAGGAUGGAUUCCCCAUGAAUCUGUGCACCAAUUGUUAUAGCCGGCUUAAUGAUCUGCAUGACUUUCAGAAGCUGUGCGUGGACUCGGUGCAACGAUUUCAGGAGAUGGUGGCCAAUAAUUUUUUUACUGCUGCAGCGGCACAAAUCAAUCAAAUGGAUAACUUUGAUGAGCUGAAUGUGGCGUCCCAGGAGGCAGAGUUGCCUGGGGAGGAGGAGGAUCGCAUUAACUAUGAUCACAAGAUGGAGUUGAUUGAGAAUGAGGAGGAUGUCUUUAAAAUGCUGGAGCAUGUGGACAAGGAGGCGGAAGAGGUGGAAAAAGAAGUCAAACAGGAUGUGGUGGCGGAGGAUGAGGAUUACUCCAUGGAGAGCAGCAAUGACUCGGACCAUGAUGUGGACUUUGAGCCCAAUAGCAGCGAUGGGGAUGAUGAUAUGCCGCUGGCGCAACGCUUGCGAGGAUUACCUAGAACUAAGAGGAAGCAGGAAGAGGAGGAAUUUAGCUCAGGAUCAGAGAUGGCCAAGACGAAACGCAAGCGUAUUCCGGCCGCAGAGCGUCAUCUGCAUCGCAUCAUUGAUUGCCACAUCUGUCAUCAGAAGUUCAAGAAGGCCAUACGCUAUGAGGAGCACAUGAAGCAUCACAAUGAUCUGCUGCCAUUCCAGUGCAAGGUGGAGAGCUGUCGCAAGGGUUUCACCACCGCUGGAGGAUUGCGGCUGCAUGUGGAUCAUGCGCACACGGAAUUGUCCGAGGUGCAUAGCUGUAGUGUGGAGGGUUGUGGCAAGAGCUUUCCACGCAUUCGUCUGCUCACGUUCCACAUGAAGAAGGUGCACAACAUCUCCAAGGCGGCGGCACCACCCCGAGAUUACCCCUGCAGCGAGUGUGAGAAGGUGUUCCGCUGUCCCAUGGCGCUGAAGAAGCACAUGUAUAAGCAUGAUGGCAAGGAGCUGCCAUUUCCCUGUAAUAUCUGUGGCAAACGCUUUGUCAUCAACAGCGCACUCAAGGAUCAUCUGAUGCGGCAUGCGGGCAUUAAGAACUAUGUGUGUCCGUACUGUGGUGUGGGCAAGACCACCAGGCAGGAGUGGAACACACACAUACUCACACACACGCAGGAGAAGAAGUUCAAGUGUCAUAUAUGCGAGCACGCCUCCCACAACAAACAGAGUCUGGCCAAUCAUAUCAAGAUUGUGCACGAGAAGAUCAAGAACUAUGCGUGUCAGUAUUGUGGCAAGACCUUUGGUAAAUCGCAUGCCUGCAAGAUCCAUGAGAUGACGCACACGGGAGAGAAGCGCUGCGAGUGCAAGGUCUGUGGCAAGAAGUUCCUCUAUCCCAAGAGUCUGACCAAGCAUCUGAAGACGCACGAGAAGCGUGUGCUGCGUGCCAUUGAGACAUAUAGACAGCGACAGGUGGAACUGGGCGAGGGAGCGACAACGGAGCCAACAGAUGUGCCUGUCCCGUCCAGCACAGCGGAGGCAGUCGAUGUCAUCAUGUCCCAAAAUGCCGCCGAUGAGCUGUUGAAAGUAUGCGCCGAAUCGGUGGCCACCAUACCCAAGGAUCCGCGUCGUGUGCAACGUGUGGACAUCGCUCAGCUAGCUGGCACCGCUGUCAAUCCCAUACCAUCGGUAUCAGUGCCCUCCUGGUCACCGCAAGUCAACUUCACCAAGAAGGAAGGCAAGCACAUUUGUCCUGGCUGCGGUCAGGGCUUCAAUAACAUUGGCAACAUGAAGCGGCACUACAAGAUCAUCCAUGAGAAGGUCAAGGAUUUCGCCUGCCGCUUCUGUCCCAAGCGUUUUGCCAAGGCGCAGACACUGCGUCAUCACGAGUGGAUACACACCGGGGAGAAGCCCUUCGAGUGCAAGACUUGUGGCACACAUUUCCGCCAGGAGACGGCACUGAAGCGUCACCAGCGCACACAUGAGAAUCGUCCGCCUGUCAUCUCAUCAAAAUUCUAUGCGGCUCGGGAGGAAUUGGAGGAGCAGGAGCGCAGCAAACGCGAGGCGAGACGCAAAGCGGAGGCGAAACGCAAGGAGAUUGCCGAGGCAGCCAAGGAGCAGCUCUCGUCGCUGCACAAAAUCGAGGCAACCGAUAAGAAUCUGCACUCGUAUGAUGAAUACCAGGAGGCAGCGGCGGAGCGAGCGGCAGCAUCCGCUGAGCUCCAGGCGCAGCAGUUCGAGGAGAACGAGGUGAAGCGGCGGGCGGACGAGGAGCGUCGCAAGAUUCAGGAAGCCGCCUACGAGCAGCUACAGAAAUUGCAGCAACAGCAGGAGAUUGAAAAGGCGACCACAUCCUAUGAUGGCUACUAUGCUCAGAAGGCACAUGCCGAUGGCACCACACUGGAUGAUCUAAGGAUCGACCAUGUCUGAAUUAAACCAGCCACAACUCCCGCAUGAUAAGAUUUCAAAAAUGUUAUCAAUUUGUGAAAAUACUUUAAGAACUGAAUGGCAGCCAGAAAAAAAAAAACAAUAUUAAACUUAUAUCUUAAGAAUGCAAUAUUUUGAAAUCCUUAUAAUUAAUUAGCAUUACUCCUAGACUUAAGAAAAGUUAGCUCUAAGUUCAAAUAAAAACAUAAUAUUU